AUGUCAGCUUUGCGCCUAAAUGCACACAAGAUCAUGGUGAGCUAUGCGCACAGCGAUACUCUGGCCAUCAACAUCCCCGAGUUUUGCCCCGUGUCCUGCAAGAGCCCGGAGUGUGCCUAUCGCUGCGAUCGCAGCUGGCAGGAGGGCGGCGAGGUGCCCAAUCUCCAGCAACAAAGGUGCUGGACUCAGAUUGAAGGUGGCCUGCCUUGUCUAGAUGCCAUCAAGCUGGGCCAGGACUGCCAUUGCAAGUGCGCCAGUGAAUAUGUUCGCAUGGGCUCCAUCCGAGGGCGGAAGCCUGGUGCCCUCUCCAUCAGCGAUCAACUGGAUGGCAAAGACCUAUCCUUGAACCUGGAGGCCAUUGUGGGUAGAACCAUCACCUUGGACUUCACCGGGGAACGGAUGAGAUCAGAAGAGCCGGCCCAUGCGCAAGGCCCAAGGCUGAAGAUCAUCCCGGACGAUCAGAUUUGUAGUACCGCAGCCCUGGCUUUCAACAUCACUGGUCUCUCCUGUGAACAGCCACCUGGGGCUGACGCCCUGGGAGGCUACAUUUGCACCACGCCGCCAACACUGGCGACACCUUUUCUGCAUCGCUGGGGUGGCAUACAGAUGAAUGCUUGUGGGCGCUUCUUGCUGUGUCACUGCAAUGAGCUGUGCGAUAUCAAAUCCAAUUGGGUGCGUGCGGGCUACUUGGAGAUAAAACCGCAGUUGACUUAUGGCAGCAUGUCGGCUCCCCUACCUGGCUGUGCAGCUUAUCUCCCCACGCUGCCACCGAAGCAAGUGGACACAGGGAACGGAGAGAUCCUGCAGAAGACGCUGAUCACCAGCUACAUCAGCAUCGACGGUGGCCUGAGGCCCCUGCCAGAGACGUUGAUGGCUGUGGCCAAAAGCUUUGCCAGUUAUACCUCGGUCAGGUCGGAGCUGUUGGAUGCCGACGCGCCGAGUGAGGCGGAUGUGGAGGUCACAGACUACGAUCGCGUGGACUUCGGCGAUCGGAGGUUGCAGGCCUGCGUAGAUGAUGAUGCUGCCUUCCAGGCCGAAGCCGCCAAGGCGAGUUUGACAUCUGUGACGAGUUGCUCUGAGGCCCUAACCUUUCUCGGCAGCAAGGAGCAGCUGUGCAACGAUCAAACCUUAGAGAACGCAGCCGGGGGCUCUGGGGGCCCUUGGACGUGGUUGGAAGUGCCCAAUGGUCCGGUGGUUGUAGGGAUGGAGGGGCUGACUUUCGUGAGCCUUCCCCAGGCCAAACAGGCACCUCGCCUGGAAAGCGCUGGACAUGGACAGCUCUACACUCCCAUGCCAGGUGCUGACCAAUCCAACUGGGUUACGAGCGCCACGCUGGCGACGGUGGCAGCUGUCGCCAUUUUCAGGGCGAUGCGACGACGCAACUGGUCCCGUGUCACUUUGGGGCCCAGCGGUGGCUGCUUCUACGACAUGAAGUUCCGCGCCAAGCCGGGCGCCAAGUACACCUACCGCUACUCCACCGACCUCUGGGAGCCGGAGUGGGGCAUCGUUCCAACGCAGAAAGGUCGUCUCAUCAGGUAUGGUCAGCUCUUCCGUAAGGGAACAGUGGUCAAGCCCAUGAUGGAUGAUGAUGACGACGAGGAUGGUUGGGGUGUACUGGGUGGCGCUGACGUGGGUUCUGGUGCCCUUUUGUUGGACUGUGACGGAACCCUGGCGGAGACGGAACGCGAUGGACACCGCCUGGCUUUCAACAAGGCCUUCAAGGAGAAAAACUUUGAUGUGGAAUGGGACGUGGAGUUGUACGGCGAACUGCUGAGUACUGGCGGUGGAAAGGAAAGGAUGACGCGCUACUUCAAGGACUACAAUCCAGAUGCAUGGAUUCUUGAGGACCCACCAGCCAAAGAUCAUCCACUGAUCAUGGAGUUGCAUGAGCUCAAGACUAAGAUCUUCAUGGACAUCGUGAAGUCUGGUGAGCUGCCACUGCGCGAAGGUAUCAAGGACCUGAUCACUGCUGCAGAUGCGGCCGGUUGGAAGUUGGCAGUGUGCUCUACAAGCAACGAGGACUCGGUGAAGGCGGUGGUGGACACCAUGCUGCCGGACUACGCUUCAAAGCUCACCAUCUUCGCCGGGGAUGUGGUGCCUGAGAAGAAACCGGACCCAGCCAUCUACAACCUGGCGGCCAAAAAGUUGGGCGUUGCACCCAUGCGCUGCGUGGUGGUGGAGGAUACGGCCAUUGGGGCCACGGCCGGCAAGGCGGCGAACAUGAAGGAUGAUGAAGAUGAAACCUUCCCUGUGAAUUCGGGUGCUGAAGUCGAAUGGACGGAGUUAAUGUCCGCCUCCCUGCGGGCCGAAGGCUUCAGGGAAAAGGCGCAGCACUAUGCGCUGAACGCCUGGCUGCUCCAGCAGAAGGCAAGCCUCUAUGAAGCCGAGUGCCUGCAGCUCUCUGCUGAGAAAGCUGCGGAGGCUGGUGACCUGGUUUCGCAGUUCAAGGCCAGAAAUGCCAAGAAGGCUGCGGAGGACGCGAUCAAAGUUAUCAGAGAGGCGAUCUGCGAGGAAGAGCCCCAGGAUAUCCAAGCCACAUGGUACCGAGACAUCCAAGCGUCGUGGUACAAGCAAUGGGUGACUGAGCUCAACCAGCUGACGCCCUUGCACUUCAUUCAGUACGUCUCGGUCCUCACUGUUGCAGAUCAACAGGAGGCCCUCUUCCAGUUUUUAAGCAGUUUAACCAUGGAGCUCAGCUGGUGGCAAGCGGAAGAGCGACUCCGUAGCAUUCCUGAUGUAAGGAAGGCGCUGCAGGAGGAGGAGCUGGGUCUGUCAGAGUGGUCGCCCGUGAUUGGUGGACAAUGUUUCCGCAUUUUGUUUCAUCAGCCCUUGUCGAGCCCUUUGAGCCAGACUGACCUGGAUAUUUGCAUGGACCACAUCAGCACCAACAAAUUCGCAUCGCGCAAUUCACAUCAGACGGCUGGUCGAAUCUGCAGCGACUUUGGCAGGUUGGUGGUGCAGAAGGCUUUUUGUUCGGACAAAGCUUGUUCCCGACCCACCUUCAGCAUCUCUCCUUGCAUCAAACUCUUCGAUGAGUCCAAUGCAACAGUGGCUUUGAUGUUGAAGGUGCUGGUGGAUGCAGGGCAAGAAAGCAAAUGUUUCAACACAGUCAUCGGCCGGGCCAUCCUCGCUGAGACUGCCCGGCGAACAGCGCGCGGGCAUCUCCUGGAUACCACGGUGGAUAUAGUGUAUAUCUUGGUUUUGGUGAAGAUGGCUUGGUGCAUGGAAGCUUCACAAACACCCCAGACAUGGAUCUUGGUGCUCUUUGCUGCCUUAAGCCUCAUCAUUGCAGGCUCUUUGAUCUUGAAGCUGUUCGGUGGCAUGUACCUCUUCAGCGCCAACUGCAGCGGUUUUGCCGUGGGCGUGCUGAAGCACGUCAACCUCUGGAAUGUGAUUUUCUCUUUGACAGAAGCCUUUUCAACUUUUGUUGGCUGGCGCUUUGUCCUCUAUGCCUGCAGCGACGACAACAUGUCUCAUUCCUGGGAACUCUUCACGCAGCAUCCCGCGUUCCUUUCGUGCUUGGUCUUGGUACGUUGGACUCAAGUGGGAGUGAGUCUGUUGCAGGUGGAGGGCAUCGGUCGCAACAUUGUGCCGGUUUUUUAUGCCGUGACACGACCGGCUUCUAUCAACUUCCUGGUGUUCUUGGCCAUUGUUGUGUGUGGCUCUUUUCAUGCCUACUCGGUGUUCCCCAUCAGCGAAAAUUUCGGAAAUUUCAGUCACCAGUUCAAUGCCUUCCUGAAGAUCUUUCGCUUGGAAGUCUUGGGAGAUUUCGAUCUUUCCGAGCUGGAAGGCUUGGGCGAGGAGAUUGAAGGGAACAUCACCAAAGGAAGAGUUCAAGCAGAGGUCGAGGAAGAGAGACAUAGCGCCAUCCAUCACUGGCUGCGUAUGGAAUUUCUAGUGCUCACCCUGCUGGUGACCGUGGUUGCCAUGAAUGUUUACAUUGGUUUGCUGGGGGAACUAUAUUCGAAGGCUGUCCAAAAGAAGAACCGACUCUACAACCACUACUUGGCCUCGACCUCCUACCGUUUUAUCAGCCGCAGCAUUGGCAUCCGCGUUUGUUCCUGUGGGUUCUUCCGACAUGAGACGGAGACCCGCCCGGACGGUCUCUUAUGGUUUGCCUAUGAGAAAGAGGAUUUGGUGGACCUUUCAGCAGACGAUGAUUAG